CGUUUUGAUCUGUGGCUUUACAGUUUUUGGACAGUUUUUUACUUUUCCUCAACCACCAAACUAAGGCGAUAAGGGGAAUAGGAGAAACCCAGCGAGCACUGAGGAACAACAAAGGGGAUCGCCAAUUUUAAUGGGCUUCUCCACCUUCAGCAGUUCCUACUGCAAUUCUUGCACAGUGGGUCUGGGCUGGAAAUCAUCGAGCUUGUUUACGCCCCUGAAUUUUCUACCCGCCGGAAGGUCCAAUGGGGUUGCGUUCUCCCGCAAGGAAGCCCACAAAUUCACUGUCCCUUGCGCAUCAGCUUCUUCUUCUGAUCCACUUUUGGUAAAGGCUGCUAGAGGAGAUCCAGUUAAUCGGCCUCCUGCAUGGAUGAUGCGUCAAGCGGGAAGGUAUAUGGCUGUUUAUAGAAAGCUUGCAGAGAAAUAUCCAUCCUUCAGAGAGAGAUCAGAGACAACUGAUCUCAUUGUGCAAAUUUCUUUGCAGCCUUGGGAAGCUUUCCAACCCGAUGGAGUUAUUAUUUUCUCUGAUAUACUUACCCCACUACCUGCAUUUGGUGUUAAUUUUGACAUAGAAGAGGUGCGGGGUCCCGUAAUACAAUCUCCCAUCCGUUCAGAAGAGGACUUGAAAACAUUGCAUCCAAUUGAUUUUGAAAAACUACAAUUUGUUGGAGAAUCUCUCCGGAUAUUGCGGAAACAGGUAGGGGAACAAACUGCAGUUUUGGGCUUUGUGGGAGCUCCCUGGACAAUUGCUACCUAUAUAGUUGAAGGUGGAACGACUCGGACAUAUACAACGAUAAAGAGUAUGUGCCAUACAGCACCACAUUUGCUAAGGGGUGUUCUCUCUCAUUUGACCAAGGCAAUAGCCGAGUACAUCAUUUUCCAAGUGGAGUCUGGAGCUCAUUGCAUACAAAUAUUUGAUUCGUGGGGCGGCCAACUGCCACCUGCUAUGUGGGACAACUGGUCUAAGCCUUAUAUCAAUGAAAUAGUAAGAGUAGUUAAGGAGAAAUGCCCUCAAACACCCCUUGUGCUCUAUAUCAACGGAAAUGGUGGUCUUCUUGAACGGAUGAAAGGAACUGGAGUUGACGUGAUUGGGCUCGACUGGACAGUUGAUAUGGCCGACGGAAGGAGGCGCCUGGGAAGUGAUAUUAGCAUACAAGGAAAUGUAGACCCUGCCUACCUAUUUUCUCCUCUUCCUGCAGUAACCAAUGAAAUUAACAGGGUUGUAAACUGUGCAGGGAGAAAGGGCCACAUUCUCAACCUAGGCCACGGAGUUCUUGUCGGUACUCCUGAGGAAGCAGUUGCCCAUUUCUUUGACGUUGCAAGAAGCAUCAACUUUGAUUCCCAAGUCGACAAUCAUGCCGUUGGGGCGCCCAAUAUGGUAGCCUGAGAGUUGAAUUUUGUGUCACAAGAUGGAAUUUUUGUUGUAUAAAUAGGCUGUUUGGUCCAGGUAUGAGGUAAGUAAUCUGAUUUUUGCAGCAUAGUCUACUCGCACUCUUUCAGGACCGUAUGUGCAUUCAGAGAAAUUGAUUCGGUUCUAUCUAUUCAAAUUCAAUUCUGAUUCUUCAUGUACUAAUGUUUAUGUAUGUUUUCUUUGGCUUUUUUUCUGGUAAAAGACAAUAUGUAUUGCUUCAA